CUCAAAUACAAAGAGAGAGGGAAGACCGAGGGACUUCUCACUGGGGUCAGAGAAAGCAUGUUCAAUCUGAACAUGCCUCCUAUGGCAAGUCUCGCAACUACAGAUGACAUUGUUUCAUCAGCUGAAUGUUCCAGUGACGAUGAAGAUUUCAUUGACUGUGAACCCAGUACAGGAGGUGAAUUAGUUAUCCCUCUACUUGUAGAAGACCCUUUAGAUAUCCCUCCUAUUGCUACUCGUGCACCUUUCAUUACACUUCCCCCUACCUUUCGCCCCCUCCUCACCAUUAUUGAGACCACCAAAGAUUCCCUGUCCAUGACCUCUGAGGCGGGGUUACCUUGCUUGUCGGACCAAGGCAGCGAUGGUUGUGAUGAUGAUGGCUUGGUGAUAUCUGGGUAUGGCUCAGGGGAAACCUUUGACUCUAACCUACCCCCUACUGAUGAUGAAGAUUUUUACACCACCUUCUCCUUGGUAACAGAUAAGAGUCUUUCCACUUCCAUCUUCGAAGGUGGCUACAAAGCACACGCACCCAAGUGGGAAUCCAAGGACUUUAGACCUAACAAAGUCUCCGAAACUGGUAGGACUACUACCACGUCUUUGUCCCCUGAGCUGAUCCGCUCCACAGCUUCGUCCUCGACUGGGAUGGUGCCCAAAUUGCCAGCCGGCAAAAUGAAUAACCGUGAGCUCAAACCCCAGCCUGACAUAGUCUUGCUUCCGUUGCCCACUGCCUAUGAGCUAGACAGCACAAAGCUGAAGAGCCCGCUAAUCACUUCCCCCAUGUUCCGUAAUGUGCCCACAGCAAACCCCACGGAGCCGGGAAUCAGACGGGUUCCGGGGGCCUCAGAGGUGGUCCGCGAGUCGAGCAGCACAACGGGGAUGGUCGUCGGCAUUGUGGCUGCUGCCGCCCUCUGCAUCCUCAUCCUCCUGUAUGCCAUGUACAAGUACAGGAACAGGGACGAGGGGUCCUAUCAGGUGGACGAGACGCGGAACUACAUCAGCAACUCAGCCCAGAGCAACGGCACGCUCGUGAAGGAGAAGCAGCAGAGCUCAAAGAGCGGCCACAAGAAGCAGAAAAACAAGGACAAAGAGUAUUAUGUGUAAAAAAGAAUACUUAUUUAUAUAUAAAUAUAUAAAUACUUAAUGAGAUUUAACUGAAAUAUCAGAACCAUUGCAGCAAACGAGAUGAUUGGGAGAUAUCGUUUGUGGGAAAAAGUAUUGGGAAAAAAAUUUCAGCAGUGACUGUUAAUGUCUCAGUCAUCGCUUGGAGUCAGCAAACUUUGCCCUAAUGUAUUAUAAAGCACACUUAGCGUUCUGGAGAUGGCGCACACAGCUCUGCUCUGUUAGUGAACUUGGACAUCUCCAAAUCUCCUCCUCCGCUGAACUUUCUGCAAAAGUAGAAGACUUCAUGGCUUACUUGUUUCAUAUCUCCAAGUGAGUCUUUAACAAUGUUCGUGAUCCCUGACUGUAUUGAUAAUUUUUCAGUUUACUUAUUUAAAAAAAAAAAAGGAAAAGGAAAGAAAAAUUAAAAAAAAUACAAACAUUACUAAACAACAAAGAAAUAUUGAACAAAAUUAUCUGGCCGUGUCCAGCAUACAUAUAAUUUUUUGAGAUUGGAGGAGGGGAAUAAAUGAUUUUGGAGAUUGUUGGAUUUUUGGUUUGGUUUGGUUUUGUUUCUUGGGUUACUUAUUGUUUGGUUUUCUUGGUUACUUUUGGGUGUGGGAGGGAAGAAUGGAGUGGAAUGGUGCAGGGGGUGAACCAGGACAUACGUUGAGAAGAAGUCUCGGAAAAAAAAAACCCUAAUAAAUAAAGAGAGACUAUUGCCAUAUAUGAACUCAAAAGCUACCCAUGGUGUUUACUCUGCAUAUCUGGUUGUGUUGUCUCUAGAAACUGUGGUCUUGCAGUAAGUUGUUUGCUAACAACGCAGUGAAAGUGACUCAUGGGUGGUGCUGAAGAAAAUUAUCAUGGAAAGCUGGUUCCCUUGAAUCUGGCUCUAGUAUUUGCAAUUGAACUAAAGAGUAUAUGUAUUUGGCUCUGUUCUGAUCAGUCAUUGGCUUUGAGUACCGCACUUAGUAUGCAUUAGCACAGCCAAAGUAUGUUUAACAGGAUUUGGAGAUUCAAAAAAGAAUACUUAAAAAUGAUUAACUAUUCUGAGCUGAAUAUAUUGUGCAAAAAUAAAGGAGCCUUCCUCUGGGUUCUGGUUCUGUGACAUUGCAAUGCAUGCAAAAAAUAAUGAUAAAUCAGUUUCAUAAAGAGAUCAGAAAGACACCACUGGAGUUCAACUUGUGACAAGACCAAUAAAUGUCAGAAAAGCUAAACAAUUGUAAAAGAACGCAAAACACAUAGAUUUUUUGACAUAUAACUGGUUUUCAUAUGUAAUAUUUUAAUUUUGUAGCUUGACAUUUCAGAUCAUCUCUGUCUUUCCAUUUGCCCUAUUCUCCCUUUUCCUCCUCUUUUAUAUAAAAGAAAAUAAAUGAAGCUGCUGUGACACACAGAAAAAAAAAGAAAAAUUAAUUUAAUAAUAUAAUAUAUAUAUAUACACACAGAUAUAUUUAUCAUGGUAUGUUUGAUGGGACGACUGGAACGGAAGUUCUGUUAUGGUCUUAAUGUGGAAUGAGAAUGUUCUUGAAGAACAGAGUAAAAAGAAACAGACAACAAAAGCAAACCUUAAAAUGUGAAGUGUGUGUUUUAGCUUUGUCACAGUUACCUGUGUCAAAAAAAAAUCUGAAAUUUUGUUUACAUAUUUUACUACUAUUUUUUUGCUAGUAUAAUUUCUAUAUGGAUACCCUGACGGUGUAUAUACUGUUUUAUGGUUAAAUUGGGAAUUUCUUUUAUUUUAUUUAACUUAUUUAAUUUCAUUGUUUGGUUUCUACAUUUUCCCAGUUAUUGUGAAAAGGAUUAUCUUACUGUACAGAACAAUAGUGAGGUGGUUUGACGGCCAUGCCUACCAUGAUUAAAAAAGCAAAUAAGGGAGAGACAGACAGAAAAAACAACAAAAACCAAGAAGGAUUGAGAACUCUGGAAUAUCAGAAAUGUACACUUUUACUGUAUGCGGUUGAAAACUAAUCAGCUGUUUAGGUUUAGAAAUCUACUCUUGCUGGUGUUUAUAAGUCGCAUGAAUAUUUGACUCUGAAGAAGUGUCAUCAGAUACACACACGCACAUGGGAACUUAAAUUCAAAAAAACAGUCUUCUCAAACAUUUAGAGAAGAUGCUUUCAUGUUAACAAAUAUUUUCAGUGCGUGUAUGUGUGCGUGUGUGUGGUGCGUGUGCGUGUGUGUGAGGUUGAGCUUUUUUUCUUUUUUAUUUUUUAUACUAAAAAGAAAAAAAAAGACAGGUUUUAAAAAGGUAUGAAAGCACGAUUUUAGAUGACUUAACUGGCCGAAACUAUAUAAAGUUGAUUAUAUCUUGAUGUCUGUAAAAGAUUGCUGUUCUUGGAGUCUUGGAGUCUUGUGAAAUGAUUUCCUGCUUUCUUUCUUCCUUUCCUUUUCACUUUCCUUUUUUAAGUUAAAGAAAAAAUAUUUACACUUUCCUUUUUUGUGUAAGUUUCUAUUGGACAGUUUUUGGGAACAUGUGCAUUUCUGUAUGUGGGCUUCUACCAUAUCCCUGUUGCUUUAUGGACAACCUGAAGAAUUUUUAUUUGAGUUUUUGUGAUGUUAUUGCUUUUUUUCUUCUUUCUUUUUCUUCUUCCUUUUUGAUUCUUUUUCUUUUCUUAGUUGCAUUUUGUUUAAAGAUAUGCUUAGCAAUAAAAUGUUCUUCCCAAA